AUGGUUUUCGACUUUUUACAAAGCUCUUUACAGCUAGCUUCGGUUGUGAUACAACUUAUUGUGACUACACCAACAUUCUUUAAUGUUGUAUUCUAUGGAGAAUUCGCAAUUUGUAUGGUAAUAAGAUUGUUGGUUUAUUACUGGUAUGCUAAUGAAAUCAUGUUAGAAAGUAUCAACAUAUCUACAACUGUUUAUGAAUGUGGCUGGUAUGACGAGCCCCGGAAGGUGAAACAAAUGAUGGUAAUGGUGAUUCUCAGAGCUAACAAAGCUUUAGGACUGGACAUAGGCCCUUUCACUACCAUGACCUUGAACACAUUUUUAGGAAUUAUAAAAACCACUUACUCUUACAUGAUGAUCAUGUACAGAUAA